GAAACUCUGUGCAGGGAGGAAGUUUAGAUAGGAUGUCAGCGCUGCAGAGAAGAGGAGAAGCAGCCAUCUGACGGGAGACAUGGCCUCCAUCCCUGAACCCCUCAGGGACUCCUCCUCCCUGGAGAAGCAUCUGUCCUGCUCCAUCUGCAUGGAACUCUUCAGAAAUCCAGUUACUACAUCGUGUGGUCACUCCUUCUGUCAGGGAUGCCUUAAUAGCCACAUCAAAUAUUUGUCCACAAUGUGUCCUCUUUGCAAAACCCAUAUUAACAAAACACCAGGGGUAAACAUUGUCCUCAGGGACGUCAUUGAACACACAAAAGCUGCAGCGCAGAACAGGUAUACGGGCGCGGCCGGGGAAGUGGCCUGUGAUGUGUGCACGACUUCAAAGAUGAAGGCGGUGAAGUCCUGCCUCGUGUGUCUCACCUCUUACUGCUCAGCUCACCUGCAAAGCCACUCUUCCCAGCGGCUGAAGGGCCACAAGCUGGUGCAGCCAAUCAAGGACCUGGAUGCACGAGCCUGCCUCACACACGGACGCCCCUACGAGCUCUACAACAGGAAGCAGCAGGCGUGCAUUUGUGUUUCCUGUAUGAAGGAAGGUCAGAACGAUGUUGUCUCCAUAGAAGACGAAUGGAACAAGAGGAAGGUUCAACUUCAAAGCACCAAAGCAGAGCUGAAAGAAAAGGUUGAAAAGAGAAAAGCAAAGAUGGAGGAAGUUGAUGCAGCUCUGAACGUUUGCAUGGACAAGCUGGAGAACGAAAUGUUGGAUGUGGAAGCCGUCUUCAAGGCUGUGUUCAACAUCCUGGAGGCCGCCCAGGCAGCAGCUAUGCAGCCACUGGAAGGACGGAGGUGGUUGUUGGAGAAAGAAGCAAAAGAAUUGAAGGAUGAAUUAGAGGCAGAAAUCAGCAAACUCCAGGUUGCAGUCUAUGAGCUGGAAGACAUAUCAGCACUAGAGGAUCACAUUUUAUUCCUUCAGAGAUUCCCUUCACUCGCCAACAAGGAUGACAUGAAGGACUGGACGAAGGUGGAGCUCGACACGUCGCUGUCCUUUGGCUCCAUGAGAAAAAUCACAGAGGAGCUGAUUGAAAAGUUUCAACAGGAACUGGACCGGCUGAGCUCCAUUGAUCUUAAGAGGCUUUCACCAUUUACAGUGGAUGUAAAGCUGGAUCCAAACACCGCUCACAAACGCUUGGCUCUCUCUGAAGACGGAAAGGAAGUGGGAGACUCAGGAGAAGACCAGGAAAUAUCUGACUCUUCCGGCCGGUUUGAUCUUUUCGGCAGUGUUCUGGGCCUCAACUGUUUCUCCUCCGGCAGAUCCUACUGGGAGGUGGAGGUCGGCAACAAGACGGGGUGGGAUCUGGGUGUGGCAACGGGAGGCGCCAGCCGUAAGGGCAAACUCACACUGAGUCCAGAAAACGGCUACUGGGUUCUGGUUCAUUAUGAGGAGGAGAAGUAUGCAGCCAUGGCGUCAGUGCCGCUUAGUCUGUUCCUGAAAGAAAACCCCACCAGAGUUGGUUUGUUCGUGGACUACGAGGAAGGCCUUGUCUCCUUCUAUGAUGUGAGGGCUCAGUCUCAUAUCUAUUCCUUCACUGCGUGCUCCUUCAAAGAGGAGCUUUACCCGUAUUUCAGUCCUCAUUUGAGAGUGGAGGAGAAAAACAUCCAACCUUUGGUUAUCUGCAGUGGAAAACAGCUGGAAAUUGAACUGGAUGCCGAAUGGAAAUGUUUGUGCUCCAUUUAUGUUGAUGAGGAGGAGACUGAGGCUCAUCCAUGACCAGUACAUGUUUCCUGUACGUACAGUGGUUCCUCGCUAUAUCGUGGUUCACUUCUUGUGGUCUUGCGGUUUUGUGUAUUUUUCAAAGUGCAUUGGGUUCUGUGUCCUUAUUGGUUGUAGACAAUUGUGAAAUAAUCUCUUCUGUGCUGACUCCAGUAGAGACUGCCAAAUUUACGUAAAUCUUCAAUCAAUCAAGAUUAGAUCCUUGUUUCCUUUCAGUCAAUUCACUUAAUACAACAAAUAUUCUAUGGGAUAUCCCGUAGAACAUGUGUUUAAAUUUUUCCUCUCCUUCAAUUCAAUUAAAUUGUUUUCCAUUUCCCUCAGAGAAUAGAAGCUAUAGACAUAUUUUUUGGAGGUCUAUAACAUGGGACUUAUUUUCAUGUUUGUACAUAUUUCCAGUAAAGUCUAGUUUUAACUCUUUACUUUGGCUGAUUAUUGUUAUGCUUGAAUAGUUUUGGCAGUUGUUAUAUUAGUCAUAACUGUUGUGUUUAAAUGCAAUACCUUAACAUCUAUCUGUCAUGUUUAUGUACACAUUUAACUAUCAAACAUUCAGGGAACAAAUUGUUUUACCUGAAAGCCAUUCUCCUUUAUAUUUGGCCUUUAGUUGGAUAUCACUACAAGGCCUUUGACAUCAAAAUUGCCAACAUUAGGAAAUAUAUCUCAAUAAAUCAGUCAUUUACCUACAUAUGUUUGAAGAAAUUGCAAUAUAUAGAUG